CAGGCAUUUUCAGAUGAAUUUGACCGAAGGGCUAAUGGAAAUUCCACCAGUGACAAAAUUCCCAAGGCUCAGAAUACACAAGGUUUGUAUGGGACUGUUACCAGCCCUGCUUCAGGAGUGCAUGAAAUGAAAAUUGGCCCCAUCACCUUCCAGGUGGCCACUGGAGAUAUUGCUAAAGAAUCAGCAGAUGUGAUUGUGAAUUCAACAACAAAGACAUUUGAUCACAAAGCAGAAAUGCCCAGGUUGGAGACAGCGUCUCAGCCUCGCCGCCGCUGCCACCCAGAGACUGCUGAAUCCCUGUCCGUCCAACUGCCGCCAUCUACUCCAGACACAGAACAUCCAGUCAUGGAUAAAAGUGAGCUGGUGCAGAAGGCCAAACUGGCCGAGCAGGCUGAGCGAUAUGAUGACAUGGCAGCCUGCAUGAAGUCUGUAACUGAGCAAGGAGCUGAAUUAUCCAAUGAGGAGAGGAAUCUUCUCUCAGUUGCUUAUAAAAAUGUUGUAGGAGCCCGUAGGUCAUCUUGGAGGGUCGUCUCAAGUAUUGAGCAAAAGACAGAAGGUGCUGAGAAAAAACAGCAGAUGGCUCGAGAAUACAGAGAAAAAAUUGAGACCGAGCUAAGAGAUAUCUGCAAUGAUGUACUGUCUCUCUUGGAAAAGUUCUUGAUCCCCAAUGCUUCACAAGCAGAGAGCAAAGUCUUCUAUUUGAAAAUGAAAGGCGACUACUACCGUUACUUGGCUGAGGCUGCUUCUGGGGAUGACAGGAAAGGGGCUGUGUACCAGUCACAAAAAGCAUACCAAGAAGCUGUUGAAAUUGUCAAAAAGGAAAUGAAUAACACAACCUAUCACAUUAACUUCUCUGUGUUCUAUUAUGAGACUCUGAACUCCCGGGAGAAAGCCUGCUCUCUUGCAAAGACAGCUUUUGAUGAAGCCAGUGCUGAACUGAAUACAUUAAGUGAAGAGUCAUACAAAGACAGCACACUAAUAAUGCAGUUACUGAGAGACAACUUGAUAUUGUGGACAUCGGAUACCCAAGGAGAUGAAGCUGAAGCAGGAGAAGGAGGAGAAAAUUAACCAGCCUUCAAACUUUUGUCUGCCUCAUUCUAAAAUUUACACAGUAGACCAUUUGUCAUCCAUGCUGUCCCACAAAUAGUUUUUUGUUUACGAUUUAUGACAGGUUUAUGUUACUUCUAUUUGAAUUUCUAUAUUUCCCAUGUGGUUUUUAUGUUUAAUAUUAGGGGAGUAGAGCCAGUUAACAUUUAGGGAGUUACGUUUUCAUCUUGAGGUGGCCAAUAUGGGGAUGUGGAAUUUUUAUACGAGUUAUAAAUGUUUGGUAUAGUACUUUUGGUACAUUAUGGCUUCACGGGGCUAGUGUUAAAAUUGCUUCCAUGUCUAAGCAAAGAAAACUGCCUACAUAUUGGUUUGUCCUGGUGGGGAACAAAAGGGAUAAUUGGUUCCAGUCACAGGUGUAGUUGUUGUGGGUACUUUAAGUUUUGGAGCACUUAGAGUGCUGUGUUAGAAGUGGAUAUCCCAUGGGUAGUCCAUGCUGAACCAUGUGUGUAUCUGUGGAAUACUCAGUCUCAGUGCGCACACCUUCGACUACAGCUGCAGAGUGUUCCUUUAGUUGUGACCCAUUUAACUCUGGAUAAGGGCAGAAACGGUUCACAUUCCAUUAUUUGUAAAGUUACCUGCUGUUUGCUUUCAUUAUUUUUGCUACACUCAUUUUAUUUGUAUUUAAAUGUUUUAGGCAACCUAAGAACAAAUGUACAAGUAAAGAUGCAGUAAAAUGAAUUGCUUGGUAUCCAUUACUUCAUGUAUAUCAAGCAUAGCAGUAAAACAAAAAACCCAUGUAUUUAAAUUAUGUUAGGUGUUUGUUUUUUUUUUUUUUGCUUUUGUGAUUUUUUAUUUUCUUGAUACUUGCCCAACAUGCAUGUGCUGUAAAAAUAGUUAACAGGGAAAUAACUUGAGAUGAUGGCUAGCUUUGUUUAAUGUCUUAUGAAAUUUUCAUGAACAAUCUCAGCAUAAUUGUUAAGAACAAAUGUAUUAAGUUCAUGUAAGUGGAAUAAAAGUUUUAUGAAUGGACUUUUCAACUACUUCUCUACAGCUUUUCAUGUAAAUUAGUCUUUUGGUUCUGAAAUUUCUCUAAAGGAAAUUGUACAUUUUUGGAAAUUUAUUCCUUAUUCCCUCUUGGCAGCUAAUGGGCUUUUACCAAGUUUAAAUACAAAGUUUAUCAUAACAAAAUACUACUAACAGAACUACUGUUCCCAACCACGUCCCAUACUCCCCAUCCUCCCAGCCCCCCAAACUCCCUGAAAAAAAGGUGUUGGGUUUGUUUGUUUGUUUUCAGAGGUGUGGGGAUUGAUUGGAAAAAAUAAUAUGUUCCAUUUAAAAUUGUAGUAUGGCAUUCUCUAACUUGGAAGCCACAAUGUUCUUGGCCCAUCAUGACAUUGGGUAGCAUUAACUAAGUUUUGUGCUUCCAAAUUGCUUUUGUUUUUAAGAAUUUCUUGAUACUCUUAUAACCUGCCUUCAACUUUGAUCCUUUAUUCUUUCUAUUUGUCAGGUGCACACAGGAUUAUCUUUUUCAGCCUUCUGUCUGUCACCAACCAUUAUUACUUGGUGGCCAUGUACUUGGAAAAAAGGCCGCAUGAUCUUUCUGGCUCCACUCAAUGUCUAAGGAUACCCUGCUUCCUUUGCUUGCAUCCCAUAAACUAUUUCCCUCAUCCUAUUUACUGCAGCAAAUGUCUCCUUGUUUUAUCUCCCUGUGAAACUCCACCUAUCCGGAAUGGUCUGUCAUUGGCUGCCUUUCAAAUCUUUUUUCCUCUCUUCUUUAAAUAAUGGGGCUAAGUUAUACCCAAAGCUCGCCCUACAGACUAUUUCCUAAGUACCUUGCAAAAACACCAAAUAAAAAUACCAUUUUAAAAGAGGUGUAUUUUUUCUUUUAGAAUGUAAGCUCCUCAAGAGCAGGGACAAUGUUUUCUUGUAUGUUCUAUUGUGCCUAGUACACUGUAAAUGCUCAAUAAAUAUUGAUGAUGGGAGGCAGCGAGUCUUGAUGAUAAGGGGGAGAAACCGAAAUCCCAAAUACUGUUUUGUUGCUUGUUUCAUUAUGACCUCAGAUUAAUUGGGAACUAUCAGCCUUUUGGACAAUUGUCCCAAAUAUUACAUUCAAAUAAAAGUGCAAUGGAG